AUGAAAAGGCAACAAAAGAGGAAACAUUUGGAAGAUAAAGGGUCCCAGGAAACUGGCCAGAAAGGAGGAGGAAUCUUGAGGUCACAAGAGGAUGUCCAUCAGCUUGGAUCGACCAAGGUGGCCAAAGGCUGUAGCGCAGGGGCAGAGGAGGUCUCCUCUGCCUCCGAAUACUUCUCCUGUGUUUCUUCUCCAAGCAAGCUCAUCCAUGGUGGAAUCCGGAAGUCACUUCAAUACAGUCCCCAGAGUAGAUCAACCCUCUCCCCUGUUCAAGAACAAGGGGAGAUCACUCCCCUCUCACCACAUGUCUCUUUAUCACCCCCUUCAUCUGAUAAGACCUGUGUGACUUCUCAGUAUAUAAACAAAGAGGAAAAGGGCAUGAAAGUAUACUACAUGCAGGUACAAGUGAAAAAGGGUGUGGCUCUCUCCUGGGAGACAGAGGAAGCCCCAAAGUCACUAAAAAAGAAGCCGAGGAUGGAAGAAGUGAACCUUCCUGAGAACGUGCGGGUAGGUACACCCCCCUCUGACGUAUCCACCAGAAACCUCCUAUGUGACAGUGAGACCAGUGAAGAGGCAAAAGAGCAUGAGGAAAGAGGAGAGGCAAAGAGCCCACCAGGAUUGCCCACAGUUGAGGAGACACCCAGGGCCAAGACACCUGACUGGCUGGUGACUAUGGAGACUGGCUUCAGGUGCAUGGCCUGCUGCAGGGUCUUCCCCACGUUGGAGACCCUCAAAGAGCAUGUGCAGUUAGGGAUUAGGGAGGGCUUCAGCUGCCGCGUCUUUCAUCUCGCCAUGGCUCAGCUGAGGAGCAAUGUGGAAUCAGAGAAGAUCCAGGAGAAGGAGGAGGAGGAGGAGGAGGAGGAGAAGGAGGAUAACGAUGAGGAGAAAGAGAAGCAAGAAGAAAAAAAAAAUGAGGGGGAGCCGCCCACAGGGUAA